AUGGCGCUGAAUCGCCUUACUUAUACCUCCCAGCACCAUAUCAUUAUUGCCAGUGUCUGUCUCUUCUUGGGAUUUUUUUCUCUCUAUCUCUACGCUGCGGGGUUCCAUGAAGAGUCACGGUAUACCACAGACCCCCACACUACUAAAGGCCAUCAACUUGCGGACAAUAUAAAUGAUUUAGGGCUCUGGGAAUUCGUAGCAACUAGAGAUGCAGACAACUAUGGAUUGAGCCGGGCGCAGUGUCACUCUGCGUUUCCGAAAUUAUAUGUGGAGAUCCAGAGAUCGGUGUCUGAACGCCAGGCGAAGAAGAUAACCUAUGAAGAGUUAAAUUCCACGCGACUGGAAGACGCGAUGGUGAGGGCGAUGGUAUACAACGGAGAGCUGCAUGUAAUCAAGUUUGAAAACAUGAAGUAUACCUUUACUCGAGCUAAAGCAACGUUGAGCUCAUUAAAUCGCGCGCUAGCUGCUAUCUCAGGGCGCGAGAAAAUGCCAAAUAUAGAAUUUAUAUUUUCGUCUGAAGAUUUUACACAUGGUCCUAGUCCUAUAUGGACAUACUCGAAACGAGAAAAAGAAACAUCGGCUUGGCUUAUGCCGGACUUUGGAUAUUGGUCCUGGCCAGAAGUAAAGAUCGGCUCGUACCGUGAAAUCCGGCGGCGAGUUGCCGCAAUAGACAAUGGAACUUUUGUGGACGGGAAGCACAUCCCUGGAAUGCGAUUUCAAGACAAGCAUCCAGUACUUUUCUGGCGCGGAAACAUUGCCACGGCACCAAAGCUUCGGCAGAGUCUCCUUGACGUAACACAUAAUCAGAGCUGGGCUUCUGUCCUGCCCAUCAACUGGAACGACAGCGAGAGUAUUCAAAGAGACUUUGUGCCUAUCGAAGAUCACUGUAGGUACAUGUUUCUCAGCCACGUUGAGGGGCGAAGUUACUCCGGUCGGGGUAAAUAUUUGCAGAAUUGUAAUUCUGUCUUCGUCACGCACGAACUAGAAUGGCGCGAAGUUCACCAUUCGGCACUUGUAGCUUCAGGGGAGGAAGCAAAUUACGUAGCCGUAAAGCGUGAUUUCUCCGACCUCGCUGAGAAGAUUAAACAUCUAAUAAAUCACCCGGAUAUUUCAGAACGUAUCGCUCGGAAUAGCGUCGAGGUAUUCCGGGAUCGGUAUCUGACACCGGCCGCGGAAGCAUGUUACUGGCGCGAAUUGGUAUUAGCGUACGGCAAAAUAUCAGACUUCGAGGCAACAUUGUAUUACCUGAAUCCGAACGGAGAGAAGGUACGGCGUGGUGUGCCGUUUGAAUCCUGGAUACUGGACGGAAAAUUGCAGUAA